UAUAGAUUAAGAUGGAGUUUAAGUUGGAUUGGAGCGUGUUGUGGUAGUUGUAGCUGCGGUUGUGUUGCGAGUUACAACUUACAACAUUAACUUAACAAAACAUGUGUCAUGUGGCGUCGUUUAUUCUCUUGAAUCGAGGAAAGUAGGAGGGAGCAAUUUCUGAGCACAGUGCCAUUCAUGGAGGGAUCCAUCUUGAUGCAUCAAAAUGCUCCCUCUCCAUCCAUUUUCCAAAUCUAGCAUUCUUCUUUGGAUCAAACGCCAUUUUUCUCUCUUCACUCUUCACCUCUAAACAAAAUAAAGAAACACAACACUCACUCCCACCUCUAAACAAAAUAAAGAAACACAACACUCACUCCCACCUCUGUCCCUCUUCUUCUUCUUCUUCUUCUUUUUUCUUUCUCUUCCCAUUUCAGUUUUCACCUAUGUGACUUGCUCCAUCUUUAUGCAAACCGUUAAAGUUAAACUUGCUCUCUGACUAGCUUCUCUUCUCUCUCUAUUUCUCUUUAGUGGGUUUGCUUCUGUCGCAGAGAAAUCAUCAGGUGUUCUUGGCUAGGUUGCCACCAUGAUAAAGCAAAUUCUUAGCAAAUUGCCAAAGAAGGUGCCAAAAUCUGACUCGUCAGAUUCUGCAAGGAGUGAUUCUAGUAAUACAACUACUUUUGGGAAUGUUUUUCAGUGUACAAAUGUUGGAAGUACCAUUUCAAGCAAAUUAAAUGUUGUGAAGCGGGUAUCUUCUGUUGUUUUCCCUGCAAGCAUGAGUGCUGGAGUGGAAGCAGUUGACCCAGGUCUGUCCUUCAAAGAUGUUUCAAAUACACAGAAGCAAAGCCUGUUCAUUAGUAAGUUGAAUCUUUGCUGCAAACUUUAUGACAUGAGUGAUCCUGAUAAGAACACUGCAGAGCAAGAUCUCAAACGACAAACGUUGUUGGAACUUGUUGAUUUUGUUUCUUCUGGAUCUGUUAAGUUCACAGAACCAGCAAUCGCCGCAUUGUGUAAAAUGUGUGCAACUAAUUUGUUCAGGGUUUUCCCACCAAAGUUUCGAACAAGUACUAGUGGUGGAGAAACAGAAGAUGAAGAACCUAUGUUUGAUCCUGCCUGGUCUCACCUACAAGUUGUUUAUGAUCUACUCCUUCAAUUCAUCAAUUAUAACUCUCUUGAUGUGAAGCUGGCAAAAGCACAUGUAGAUCAUGCUUUUGUUCUAAGAUUACUUGAUCUUUUUGAUUCAGAGGACCCUAGAGAAAGAGAUUGCUUGAAAACAAUUCUGCAUAGAAUCUAUGGGAAGUUCAUGGUUCAUAGGCCUUUCAUACGGAAAUCUGUUAGCAACAUCAUCUACCGGUUUGUUUUUGAGACUGAGCGGCAUAACGGAAUCGCUGAGCUGUUGGAGAUUUUUGGGAGUGUCAUUAGUGGGUUUGCCUUGCCAUUGAAGGAAGAGCACAAGAUAUUUUUGUGGAGGGCUCUAAUUCCUUUGCACAAACCAAAAUCUGUUGGUAUUUAUCACCAGCAGUUAACAUAUUGUGUUGUACAGUUCGUUGACAAGGAUCAAAGACUGGCUAGCUCUGUGAUAAAGGGACUAUUGAAGUUCUGGCCAGUGACAAAUAGCCAAAAGGAGCUCAUGUUCAUUAGUGAGUUGGAAGAGAUUUUGGAAAUGGCUAGCAUGGCUGAGUUUCAGAAGAUCAUGGUCCCACUGUUCCGACGAAUGGCUUGCUGCCUCAAUAGUUCUCAUUAUCAGGUGGCUGAAAGAGCACAUUUGCUAUGGAACAAUGAGCACAUUCUGAACCUGAUAACGCAAAACAGACAGGUGAUUCUGCCUCUGGUGUUCUCAGCACUUGUACAUAAUGCUCGAAGUCAUUGGAACCAAGCAGUGCUGAACCUGACUCAGAACAUAAGGAAGAUGCUGUCUCAGAUGGAUGAAGAGCUGGUAGUUGCAUGCCAACGCAGGAUUGAGGAGGAAGAUUCUAGUGCAAGUGCUGCAGCUGAGAGGAGAAGAGUAACAUGGGAACGCAUAGAAGCUGCUGCUGCUGCUGCAAGUACUAGUUGUGUCCAAUCUUCUUCUGUAGGUGGAGGUGGAGAUGUUUUAGUCCCAGUAAAAUCUGCUACAUGCUCAGUGGCAUGCUAAGCUCUAAUUGCUUUGUAAGGAUAAGGUUCUAAUUACUAUUAAUAUUACAUAAUAGUGGUGUGGUUCUUGAGUUUUUGUUUGUGGCAAAAAUAGGGUGGUGGGUAUGUAUACAAAGAAAAUGAAAUUGUGGUGACUGAGGGAAAGUGUUAUUUAUUUAUGGUUUGGAGGAACA